AUGAGACCGCUGCGGGGCUGCCGGGGCCGGGGCGUCGUCGUGGGGACCGUCACCCUCUGCCUGGCCGCCGGGUGGGCUCUGCAGACUCCUGGAGGAGUAUCGUUAGUUAUCCCACAUCCCAACAUCAAUGCAACAGUGGCACAAAACAUCUUGCUCUCCGUUGAGUACUCGUGCAGAGGCGUUGCCAGCGUUGAGUGGAGGCAUGUGUCGAGCUGGGGCACCACCAAAAUUGUUGAGUGGAAAAGUGGCAAUGAUGUCAACAUAUCCACAGUGUACAAAGACAGAGUGACUACUUUUGAAAAUGGCUCCAUACAGCUCCUGAACAUAAGCAUGAGAGAUGCUGGCUACUAUUUUAUCACUGUAACAGAGGAGUUUGGAACCAACACCUAUGGCACCAUCAUAGUCAAUGUUUACGAGAUCAUCUAUGAAGAUCUACAUUUUGUAGCAGUUCUCUUUGCAUUUCUUGCUGCAGUAUCUGCCAUUUUGAUCUGCUUCAUGUGGCUGUGUAAUAAAUCUCUGCAUCUAUUCCAGAAGAAGACAACACACAAACUAACAGCAAGCACAACUGAAGAGAUUGAAUUGGAAACUAUUGAGUGUUAGCCAAGGACUGUCUCAUACCAAAAAUAACAAUUCUACCUCAGGAGAAAGUAUUGACGAGGCAAGUGAGAAGGUAAAAUGUUUGUGACUACUGUGGAACCAUCCUGACUUGCAAAGCUAAUUAGACAUGAAAGCAGCAGUGUCUGGUGGAUCUGCUUUGACCUGUUAAGACUUUGGCUCUGCUAGCAAAGGUCAAAGUAAAAAAGAGCAUGCUUUCAUGCUGAGCAUAAACAAACUUCUGUGACUAUUUAAUAAAAUCUACAGUCUCUACCACACUUAAAAACAACAAACCAACCAAGCCUCUAAGAUCAACCCAUAAAGGAAAUUAUCAUGGUCUUGAAGGACACCGGUAUUUUGGCUACAGCAAGUCUCCUAUUACAGACAGAGCACCCAUUGACAUCCUUCAACAUUAACAUCUAAUUACAGUAUUACAUUAAAAAAUCGAUUGCAAGCAUUGAAUCCUGUUUAUUGUGCCUAUGCUGCUACUUAUGGGUGUAAGGAAUUUACUGAAGCUCUGAAGAGCUGCAAUUCUUCAUGAGGCAAAACUGACUUUGAAACAACGCCAAGCUGGUCAAAGUUCCCCCACUUACAUUUCCAAUUGUUUACACCACCCCAGGAUAUUAACACACAUUUUAUGACAUUACUAGGAGAGGUUGUUAAACAAGGAACUACACACAGACACUGAAGAGGACCACACUACAAUGAUUAGAAGGGUCAGAUAAAAUACUGACAACAUCACACUAGCAGGGUGGAAAAAUACUGAACAGUUUCAUUGUGAAAGAUGUCAAGUCCUUUGCAAGCUUAGCCCACUGAUGAAUAAACUACCUGAGGAAAAAAAAAAAUAAAACAGCCGUACUUUGAAAUUUGGUAUUUACAAAUGCAGUUCUGAAAUUGCUCUUAUUGAGAAGCCACAUUUGCUUGCCUAUGUUGUAAGAAAACAUGAAGUGAUCCAACUAGUGUGUUCUUGAAUUUCCGUAUCACACGUUUUCCACUUGCAGAUCUGUUGGGUUGAGUAACGUUUGCUUUUGUGAGUGAGAAAACACUGAACUGGCCAGGCUCCAACUUACCCUGUUUUGCUUUUGU